CAAGGCUUCAGGGUAGGGGUCCUCUCAUCUCCCACAGUUACUUUCGUAGCAAAAAACCUACAGUCAGCCGCUAAAGAACCCAACAUAGUUUCCCAGCUCAUCGACAAAGAACUCCACAAAGGAUACAUAAUCGGCCCCUUUAGCUCCUCCCCCUUCCCAGUGUUCCGUUCAAAUCCCAUAGGAAUAGCCACACGCAAAUACUCUGGAAAAAAAAGGCUGAUUUUCGAUCUGUCCGCUCCCCGUUCCGGCACAUUUUGCAGCGUCAAUAGUAUCAUCCCUCCAGAGCAGUUUUCCCUUCACUAUGCCUCAGUGGACAAUGCAAUCAAAUUGAUUAAGUUCACAGGGCACGGAGCGUGGCUCUCCAAAGCGGACAUUACCGAUGCCUUAAAAAUCAUUCCCAUUCAUCCGUCUCAGUGGAACUUGUUCGGCAUUAAGUGGGAGUCCAAAUUCUAUUUCGCCGUUCGCCUGACCUUCGGGUGCAGAAGCAGCCCCUGCAUCUUCAACUCCUUCUCGGAAGCGCUCUGCUGGAUCCUGCUGAACAUCGUCAGAAUCCCCUCCGUCCUUCACCUACUGGACGACUUCCUCCUCAUAGACCCGCCACAGGACAGCUCAGGGACCUCACUGAGCAAACUGAAACACUGCUUUCAGGAGCUAGGCGUCCCCCUCUCCAAUGAAAAAACGUUAGGUCCCAACACAUGCUUAGAGUUCUUAGGCAUCACCCUUGACUCCAUAGACAUGAAGGCGUCUCUCCCCUCCGACAAAUUGCAGCGCAUUCGGGACAUCACCAAAUCAUACUGCGAGCAACAAAUCAUUACAAAACAACAGCUGCUCUCCCUUCUAGGACACCUCAACUUCGCCAUGCGAGUCAUCCCCCAGGGGCGCUCGUUCAUCUCCCGCCUCCUGGACACAGCAUCAGCGGUCGACAAUCUCCAUGACCGCGUCCUCUUAGACGAAGGCUGCCGCUCAGACCUACGUUUCUGGUCUUUCCUGCUCGCCCACUGGAACGGAGUCACUUUCUUCUAUGACGACCUUGUGUGUUCCUCCGAUUCAAUGAGGUUCUUCACGGAUGCCGCCCCAUCCGUGGGUUUUGGGGGCUUCUUUCAGGGCGAGUGGUUCGCAGGGUCUUGGCCCCCGUCAUUCCCUAAUCAUGCCUCAUCCUCCGCUCUGCACGAGAUAUUUCCGAUCGCCGUUGCAUGCCACGUAUGGGGUCACCAGUGGUUCCGUAAACGCAUCUCGGUGCUGUGCGAUAACCAAUCAGUGGUCGAAAUCAUCAAUAAAGCGCGCUCCCAGUGUAGCGACAUCAUGCCAUUCAUGAGAAGCAUCACGCGGUCCUCCAUUAUCCACAACUUCAUCAUCACAGCUCGUCACAUUCCCGGUCACCUCAUGUCAUCGCUGACUCCCUCUCUCGCUUUCAUUUCCAGACAUUCCGGAGCCUCUGCCCGGAAGCCAGCUCGCAACCAGUCGGAAUCCCUCCACUUCAUCUCCUCUCUCUGCACUAACCGAGAGUCCCCUAGCUCGGCACCUUGA